AUGAGCUCCGAAAUACAGUCAUCGUUUGAUCCUUCAUGCUCGCUUUUUGCUAGUGUUGUCACUGCUUUAAGUUCUCAUAAAGUUCAAGUGCAAUCGGUGAAAAGUUCUUCAUCUUCAAAGCUUUCCACCAGUUUCUUGUUGGAUAAAGGAGUCUCUGUCAACUCUUUAGACUGGGGUUAUGUAUCUGGACAAACAUUAGAAAACUUGAUAUUGAUUGUGGGGACAUCUGAUGGUAAAAUCUUACUUUAUUCCCCGGUCAACAACUCUUUAGUUGAUACUUUGGAAGAUGACAUUUACACUGAUGCCAUAGUUUCCGUCCAUUAUUCGAAUCUCAGCAAUUCUGUAUGGUGUAUCAACGAUGCCAACGUGAUCAUUGAAUAUAGCUUGUCUACUUUUAAGAAAAAUAAAGUGAUCCCAAACAUUUUGAAACAAGAUACUAUAACAAACGAUGCCAACAAAAGUCAUAACGAUGAAAGCUUACAAUGUAUAAAGUUGAUUAAUUUCAAAAACUCGCCUCACUUAUUAGUGUCUUCCCACAAAGUUUACCUAUAUAAUAUCAAAAAGAAGGAAAUUUCCCACGAGAUUUCUAAUCAUAUCACCACUAUCACCGAUUUAAUUUUGUUCAAUGAUGAUUAUUUAUUGACCUCCGCCAAGUCUGAUAGAUUUAUUAACAUUUACAAUAUUUCCAACAAUUUCAAGCCAGCGAAGGUUCUUGUUACCCAAUCCAAUGUCCAGAAUGUUUCUUAUGGCUCAAUUCCAAACAAUAAGAAUAGCGUGGUUUCGGUAGUCACCGAGGAUGGGAUUUGUGAAAUAUUCUAUAAUCCUUUGGAAUCUAAUUCAAAGGCCAAUUCAGGCAAGAGUGUUAUUGGUGAUGGUACUACAAGAAGAAAGAGAAGACAAUCCCAAGGAAGCUUAUCGAGAACUUCUACCUCUAAAAUCAAGAUUUCUAGACCGGAAUCAACCAUGAUCAAAGAAGAUGCAUUGAAGUUGCUUGACAGUAUUGUGUUGAACAACCAAGUUAUAAUAACGUGGUUGGAAAAUGCUACUAUUCCUUACUUUGAUAAUCUUGGUUGGUACGAUCAAGCAUCAAACUCAUUUGGAUUCGCGGAAUCGAUAGUGUUAACUAAGGAAAAACCCGUAGUCACCCAAACUAAGCACGCUGAUUAUGGUCAUGAUGUUGCUGCCGCUAAAUUAUACAGUGAAAACAAUGUAUUUUUGAACGUUGGUGACAAUUAUAGAGAUUUGGAUGAAGACAAUGAGGAUGCAGACACCACUGGUAAUGCUGGGUUUGAAUAUUUGAAAUAUAGAGUAAAUCAAAAUGCCGACGAUGACAGCAUCAUGAACGAAACCACUUUGAACGAAGAUCCAGAUGAAACUUUAGGGGAUAAAUUACAAUCCAUGAACCCAAACUCCAAAGCCUUGAAAAAGAGAAAUACUUUUAUCAAUAAUGAACGAAACUUCAAUAUCGAUGCCACUGGCAAAAGUUCCAAGCCAACCACUGGGUCAUUGACCAUAAUUCUUUCCCAAGCUUUAAGAUCCAAUGAUUAUUCGUUACUUGAAUCUGUAUUGAGCACCAAAGAUGAGCAAGUGAUCAAACAAACUGUCAAGACCUUGAAUUCUGAUCUUGCAAUUGUUUUGUUGGAUAAGUUAUCCGAAAAGUAUAAUUUUGUCUCUUCCGUUGCAUCCUCUACAAUUUCUUAUCAAAAGCAAAUACAAUUGAAUCAAUGGAUCAAAUGGGUUUUGAUUAUACAUGGCUCUUAUUUGAAGCUUAAUGAAAUCAAUAGUAAUUCUUCCAAUAAGCAAUUAUUGAAGAAUUUAUCGUUCUUGUUGAGCAAUCUUAACAAGAAGUCUGCCCAAUUAUCCAAGAUUUUGCUUUUGCAAAGCAAGAUGAAUGUGGUAUUUGAAAAAAUCAAUUAUAAAAACGAAUUGUUGAACGAUUUCAACUGUGUCAGUGAACCUUUCAAGAGAAAGAAAAACAGAGACUUGAUUGUCCGUUAUGAAGAAAACGUUGAUGAUCAAGGGGAUGAUGAAGAUGAAGAAAGCGAUAUUGAGUACAAUGAGGAAUUGGAUGAUGCGGAUCUUAUGGACGACGGUGAGAUGGAUUAUGAUGAUGAUGAUGAAAAUGAUGAUGAUGAAGAAAUGGUGGAUGAUUACGUAGAAUUGGAAGACGACAGUGAUGAUGAAGAAAUUGAAACUAUUACUCCAUCAAAGAAAAACAAAGAUUCCUUGGACGAUGAAUACGGAAAUGAUGAUGUUGAAGUAGGAAUAAUCAGGGAUGAAGAUGAAAUGGUUGAUAGCGACGAAGAAGAAAAGGAAGAAUACGAGGAAAAGAUUAAAGAAUUGAAGAAAAAAUCAAAGUCGAAGUCAAAAUCUAAAUCCAGAAAAUGA